CCUUUCACCCCGCCAAUCGCCGCCGCACACGCGCGCAGUAAACCCACGGCUCUAGAAUCUUUGGAAGAGCCACUCUACUAUUUCAUUAAUGAUCAUUCCAUUUAUCCCUAAUUAUUUUAUUCUCAAGGGUAUAUAAAACCUCAUCAUCUCUGCAUCCCAAUGUCUUCUGCUUCAGUUUGUAGAGCGAGAAUGUCGAGCAUUUCGCAAGCGCUGUCGCUGAAGCACGGCCUUUCGCUCUGGUGUCCUCAAUUAGCUUCCGUGAAUCAGAUUUCUGAGAGUUCCUGCAUUGCCUCCGCGAGAUUUAGUCGGAGAUUCACUGUUUCAGCUUCCUCUUUCGCCAACGAAAAUCGGGAAUAUGUUAUAGUAGGUGGUGGGAAUUCAGCUGGUUAUGCUGCUCGGACUUUUGUUGAACAUGGCUUGGCUGAUGGGAAGCUCUGCAUCAUCUCUAAAGAGGCACAUGCGCCUUAUGAGCGUCCGGCUUUGACAAAAGGCUAUUUAUUCCCCUUGGAUAAAAAACCAGCACGUUUGCCGGGUUUCCAUACUUGUGUUGGAUCAGGUGGUGAAAGACAGACUCCUGAGUGGUACAACGAGAAAGGGAUAGAGAUGAUCUAUGAAGAUCCAGUAACCAACAUUGAUGUUGAGAAGCAAACUUUGAAAACAAAUUCAGGAAAGUUGGUGAAGUAUGGUGCCCUUAUAAUUGCUACUGGAUGCACUGCCUCCAGAUUCCCAGAUAAGAUUGGAGGAAACUUGGGAGGGGUUCAUUAUAUUCGGGACGUUGCAGAUGCCAAUUCGCUUAUAUCAUCCCUGGAGAAAGCAAAGAAAGUUGUCGUCGUCGGUGGUGGCUACAUUGGCAUGGAAGUUGCAGCAGCAGCAGUUGGUUGGAAACUUGAUACCACUAUAAUUUUUCCUGAAGAUCAUCUUAUGACAAGAUUGUUUACUCCUUCUCUGGGACGAAAAUAUGAAGAGUUAUACCAAGAUUAUGGUGUCAAAUUUGUAAAAGGUGCUUCAAUAGAGCAUUUAGAAGCUGGUUCUGAUGGUCGUGUAGUUGGUGUAAAACUUGGGAAUGGUUCUACAAUUGAAGCUGACACGGUUGUUAUUGGCAUUGGAGCAAAGCCAGCAGUUGGUCCAUUUGAAAGCAUCGGUUUGAAUAGCAGUGUUGGAGGAAUACAGGUCGAUGGCCAGUUCAGAACAAACGUACCUGGCAUUUUUGCUAUUGGAGAUGUGGCAGCAUUUCCCUUAAAGAUGUACAACCGAAUUGCAAGGGUUGAACAUGUUGACCAUGCUCGUCGUUCUGCCAAGCAUUGCGUUCAGUCCCUUCUAACUGCACACACUGCCACGUAUGACUAUCUCCCUUCUUUCUACUCAAGAGUAUUUGAAUAUGAAGGAAGUCAGAGGAAAGUUUGGUGGCAAUUUUAUGGCGACAAUGUUGGUGAAACAGUUGAAAUCGGGAAUUUCGAUCCCAAAGUAGCAACGUUCUGGAUUGACUCUGGGAAACUGAAAGGCGUCUUUCUUGAAAGUGGAAGCCCUGAGGAAUUCCAACUGCUUCCUAAACUUGCGAGGAGCCAGCCAUCCGUGGACAUAGCUAAGCUUCAGAAUGCUUCUUCAGUAGAGGAGGCGUUGGAAAUCGCACAAUCUUCAUUACAGGUUGAAGCUAAGGUUUAGUUUGUUUCUUGCAUAGACAUGUAGAUGGCUCUGUAUGCAACCUCAAAUCGUCUCUACCUCUUCUUCUAACGGUCUACAGACUGUUUCAUAUGGCUGAUAAAGUGAUAGUAAUUGAGAAGAUUGGUAGAAUUUUCCCAAUAAAAGUUUUACACUCAUCUGACUGGUUAAAUUAUUUGCAUUUAAUGUAUCCGAACGAAAAAAUAAAAUAAAAGAAAUAAAUGAUUUAUUUAUUUUGGUGGUU